AUGCCGUACCCUGAGGAAGCAGAGGGGUUCCAGGUUGACAGCCCGGAGACCUUUACUACCUUUCACAAGCGCUUUUUUAAGCUGAAGCCCUUUGGUGACUAUGACGUCGACAUUAAAAUCGAAGCAUGCGGAGUGUGCGGCAGCGAUGUGCACACCGUCAGUGGCGGCUGGGGAGCCCAGAAGUUCCCUCUCUGUGUUGGACAUGCAGAAAUUAUCGGUCGAGCCAUCCGAGUCGGACCCAAGGUUACCCUGAUCAAAGAGGGCGAGCGGGUGGGAGUGGGCGCGCAGUCCUACUCCUGUGGAGAAUGCAAGCAGUGCAAGAACGAGAACGAGACCUACUGCCCUGUCCUCAUGAUCGAUACAUACGGCGCCCAGUGGCCCGAGACUGGCAUCGUCAGCCAGGGCGGAUACUCGUCGCACAUCCGCACCCACGAGCACUGGGUGUUCCCGAUUCCUGAGGCGUUGGAGACUAACAUCGUGGCCCCUAUGCUGUGUGCGGGUCUCACCGCGUACUCUCCCCUGGUCCGCAACGGCGCUGGACCUGGUAAGAAGGUUGGUAUCGUUGGCCUAGGUGGCAUUGGACACUUUGGGGUCAUGUUCGCUAAGGCGCUGGGGGCGGAAACCUGGGCAAUUUCCCGGUCGCGGGCCAAGGAGGCUGAUGCGCUCAAGCUGGGGGCUGAUGGCUAUAUCGCUACCGCAGAGGAGGGAUGGGAGAAGGCUCACAGGUGCUCCUUUGAUCUGAUCAUCAACUGUGCCAACUCCUCUGAGGGCUUUGACCUUGAGAAGUAUCUCUCCAUGAUGGAUGUGCACGGCCGCUGGAUCAGCGUGGGAUUGCCGGAAGAGGCGGGACAGGUGAUCAAGGCUCAGAACUUGAUUGCCAACGGUGUAUUGAUCGGAGCCAGUCAUCUGGGGAGCCGACGGGAGAUGUUAGAGAUGCUGCAACUGGCGGCUGAAAAGGGUCUGAAGAGUUGGGUAGAAGAGCUCCAGAUUGGUGAGGAGGGGCUCCAGGAGGCGAUGCUGCGGAUGAAACAGGGGGAUGUGCACUACCGCUUCACACUGACUGGAUAUGACAAGGUAUUUAAUAGUUAG